CGUCAAAGCACCCAUCCCCGAAUUGUCGCGCAACUUCCCUUCGACAGCAAAAAUGGCGUUGCAGAAGGUUGCCACGGAUGUCGACUAUACCAUCAAACCUGAGGCUUCGGCUCCCGCGCUUGACACCAGCGACUGGCCGCUCCUCUUGAAGAACUGGAGUGAUCUGCUUGUUAGAACUGCCCACUACACACCCAUUCCUAUGGGAUGUGCUCCACACAAACGCGACUUGAAGUCCUACAUUAGCUCUGGAGUUAUCAACCUCGACAAGCCCUCGAACCCAUCCAGUCACGAAGUCGUCGCCUGGGUGAAGCGGAUGCUCAGAGUUGAGAAGACUGGCCACAGCGGAACCCUCGAUCCCAAAGUCACCGGAUGUCUCAUCGUCUGCAUCGAUCGUGCCACGCGUCUCGUCAAGUCUCAACAGGGUGCUGGAAAGGAAUACGUUUGCGUCAUCCGUCUCCAUGACGAACUACCCGGUGGAGAGGCGCAGUUUGCGCGAGCUCUGGAGACCCUCACUGGAGCUCUCUUCCAGCGACCACCUCUUAUCUCGGCUGUGAAGCGACAGCUCCGAAUCCGAACUAUCCACGAGAGCAAGCUCUACGAGUUCGACAACGACAGACAUCUCGCUGUCUUCUGGGUCAGCUGUGAAGCUGGCACCUACAUUCGAACUCUCUGCGUUCAUCUCGGUCUGCUACUCGGAGUGGGCGCUCACAUGCAGGAGCUGAGGCGAGUGCGAAGUGGAGCUAUGGAUGAAGAGAAGGGCCUGGUCACGCUGCACGAUGUUCUCGACGCACAGUACUGCUACGACAACAACCGCGACGAGUCGUACCUUCGAAGGGUCAUUUCACCAUUGGAAACCCUUCUGACUACCUACAAGCGAAUCGUUGUCAAGGACAGCUCCGUGAACGCUAUCUGCUACGGUGCCAAGCUCAUGAUUCCUGGACUUCUCCGAUACGAGGCCGGUAUUGAUGCCCAUGAGGAGGUUGUUCUUAUGACUACCAAGGGCGAGGCUAUCGCCUUGGGUAUUGCACAGAUGUCUACCGUGGAGAUGUCGUCUUGUGACCAUGGUAUUGUUGCCAAAGUCAAGAGAUGCAUCAUGGAGCGCGAUCUAUACCCGAAGCGAUGGGGCAUGGGCCCAGUUGCGUUGGAAAAGAAGAAGAUGAAGGCUGAUGGUACCCUCGACAAAUAUGGACGAGCAAAUGAAGCCACCCCUGCCAAAUGGAACAAAGAAUACAAGGACUUCGGUGCCCCUGCUCCCCCAGCAGCAUCAACCCCAUUAGCUGAGACCACUGACAAGAUGGAUGUCUUGGCUGCUCCUCCAGUUGAGCCUACUGGCGAGAUUGAGACUUCUGCCGGUGCCGAGGACGGCGAAAAGAAGAAGCGGAAGCGCAAGGAAGAGGACGGUGACGAGGAGUCGAAAGCUGAGCGGAAACGCAAGAAGAAGGAAAAGAAGGAGAAGAAGGAGAAAAAGGAGAAGAAAGAGAAGAAGGUCAAAAAGGAGAAGGUCGAGGACUCCGAGAGUGAUUAGUUCACGAGCAGUGCUGUGAGAGGUAUGGCUUGUGAAAAGCUUGGUUUCAUGUCGAGGGUCAGUUCUUCAGGGGAUUUUCAGCUGAGGGAUGACGGGAGGAUGCAUGUCUGGAUAGGCUUCCUGUGGGAUCAGCUCUGUCAUUGUACCAUAUCAGUACAGGCAUGGGCCUGGCGUUUGCGGACAGCAAGGAGUCCGGCGUGUGCCUAUGGGUUUCAAACGGAGAAAAGCGUGGACUAUUUGGAUGUACGACAGACGAGAGCAAUGGCCAGCCCGCAAGCCUUUGAACUAGUCAAAAAACGUACGAAUCCAACACAAACAAAUUCCUCAUCGAACUAUCAUGCUUUCCUACAUACGUGCUCUUGAAUACCGACAACAUAU